CUUCUUCAUCAUCGUCUAAACUCGAAUGUCAUCGUCUCUGAAGGUCCCCCUCAAUCUCCGCCCCCGCAUGACCAGUAGCACACUCUAAUCAUCAAUCAAUCGCCUUUAUUGAUCCGGAUUUUAAACCUAUAAUCUGAUCGAAUAUGCGGUCGCUUUGUGAUUCAUGCGAAAGCGCGGCGGCGAUUCUCUUCUGCGCCGCCGAUGAGGCCGCCCUUUGCCGAGAUUGCGACGACAAGAUCCAUACAUGUAAUAAGCUUGCAAGUCGGCAUAUUAGAGUCGGACUUGCAGGUCCUUCCAACGUUCCUCUUUGUGAUAUUUGUGAAAAUGCUCCUGCAUUCUUUUACUGUGAAGUAGAUGGGAGUUCGUUGUGUUUGCAAUGUGAUACGGUGGUUCACGUCGGUGGUAAAAGAACUCAUCGGCGAUAUCUAGUGCUUAGACAGAGAAUUGAGUUUCCAGGAGAUAAAGUGAGAAUGGAGGAAGAACAACAGGAAGGAAUUAAAACUGAAACAGCAGCAGCUAAGUCGAUGGUGGUUAGAUCAAACAAUAAUAAUAAUAAUAAUAUGAUUGAUCUGAAUAUGAAGCCGAAUCGAAUUCCUGGAAUAAAUGAGAAACAUCUUCAAUGAAAUCAGGAUGUCUAGACUUGGACAUCAAUUCACAGGAUAAAAAGACCAAGGCAAAGACAGUACAAAGAUGCAGGUUGAAUGGAAAUUGUAGCUAAUGCUUUCAUUUUUAAACCUUGGUUUGGUGGGCUUCUAUGUAUAAUUAAUUCCUCAUGUUGUAAACAUCUUGCAUUUACUGGAAAUA